AUGCUGCGAACGGCAGAAAUAAUGUUAGCUUUUAUACGCGAUCGACGGUGGCUAGUGGGAAAAUGUCAGCGAGUUUUUCGCGAAUAUCGUCGAUAUUCUACGGUAGAUUGCUCACUGAACAACCGCAUAAUAUCGCGACAUUGGACGCUGUCCGAUUUCUGUCGUGGUAUUAAUUUGAUAUGUUACGUCCGUGCUGUUGCAAGCCUGCCAUUAUCCAUCGAAGUUCGAAGCCCUUCGGAGGUUACAAGAUCGACACCAAAAUCUGAAACUUUUUCACUACCUACCGAGAUACCCGAUGCGUCCUCACGUAGGCACUAUGAAAAUCGUAUUAUCAAGAUCGGUGAAGUAACUCACGUCUUGCAACAGCUUGUUGGCAUUCAUCACGAAGAAGCUGACCAUAUUAUCAAGGCUCAUCCUUUAUUUAUCACCAUAGACUUGGCAGACAUUUCCCGUAAUUACCAUGCAUGUAUCGACGCUGGUCUUUCCAAGACAACGAUUCAAAAAAACCCCGGAUUGUUAGCGUAUCCACAUUUUCUCCUCAGGAAUAAUAUAAGGUUGAUCCGUAGCAUGAAAAUGACAGACAUCAAUGAUACAGUCCCAUUGUUCUUCAUGGCGCCAACUACGUUGCGGUUAUUGUGUGUGCGAAUUAGCAGUGAAAAUAUAGAUUGCAUUGAACCCAAUAGAAUUGAGUACCUUGCCAAACAACUUGAGUGUCCGAUGAUCGACGUUUAUAAACUCUUUGCUGAACGCCAUUUCAUGCAUACGAUAUCGUUUGCUAAACUUUGCCGUGUAUUAAAGAUAUUGUUGGAUUGCCAUGUGACACGAACAGAUAUACUCAGGGAUGCGUGGGCCUUCAAAUACAAUCCGGAGGCAAUAGCUAAAAGACUACACCGAGUGAAGGAUAGUGGUGUCUUUCCUAUAAAACCUUGGAUGAUUCGGUGCACGGAAGCAGCAGUUAAGAGGUUGAUUCAUAAAGAACAGCAGCGCCGCAUCCUAUUGGGAGAUGAUAUGACGAUUAUAGAGAACCUUUCACUCCAAUUUAAGUGCAACAAAAAUUAUAUGAGCGAUAUCUUUGCCAAGUACCCAGAGCUCGCCAGCAUGAACAUAUUGAAUUUACAGCAGUUAGCGGACUUUGUCUUGAAAAAUGGCUAUUCACUAGAGCAUGUACAGCGUGUGCCACAGAUACUUGUCCAACAGUUGGGAACAGUCCAGAAACGCUUUGACGUACUUGUACACUAUGGGCACAAGCCAAACAGCCUUAGAAUAUUAUGUGAAAAUACCCAAUUGUUCGAUGCAUACUUAAUCAGAGUGAAAGUCAGGAGGCUUUUGAGUGGCAAAUAAAUAAUAAUAAUAGAUGUGAUUCCUAA